CAGAAGCGGAAGAGACGUGGCACAUAAACAGAGAGAGGAGGGAGCAGCUAGCAGCUAGCAGAGAGUCAGUUCACUGAUGACAGCUCCUGGAGCCGCCUCUCAUGGGAACUUGACAAGGGAGCUUAAAUGACAGUCGUACAUGACCUGAAACGAACGGGGCUUGAUUAGAGUCUGUGUGACAGCGCAGGUGGCUAUGGGUCUCUGCAAGUGUCCGAAGAGAAAGGUGACCAAUCUGUUCUGCUUUGAGCAUCGUGUAAAUGUGUGCGAGCAUUGCCUCGUCUCCAACCACAACAAGUGUAUCGUGCAGUCAUAUUUGCAAUGGCUUCAGGACAGCGAUUACAACCCCAACUGUACUCUGUGUAAUACUCCACUGACUGCUCAAGACACGGUCAGACUGGUCUGCUAUGAUGUGUUUCACUGGUCUUGUCUUAAUAACUUGGCAUCUCGGCUGCCUCUCCAUACGGCUCCAGCGGGAUACCAGUGUCCCGCCUGUCAGGGUCCAGUGUUUCCCCCUUCCAACCUGGCCAGCCCAAUUGCGGAUGUGCUGAAAGAACAGCUUUCAUCUGUUAACUGGGCUCGAGCUGGUUUGGGCUUGCCACUGAUUGAAGAGCCCGUUGGGGUCCUUGAGGAGACCGCAGCCAAUGAUGUCACUGAUUAUACUGACUGGUCGACAUUUGAUACACAAGAACAAAGUAACAUUUACCCCAGCCACUCUUUCAACACCACCAGCCUCAGCCCACCAUCAAAUUCUGUCUCAGCUCCACCACAGGAAGACCUUGCAGCUCCACGUAAAAAUGGGGAUCCAAAUAUGCAGGAGCACGCUGUGGUCAACUUAAGUACUGCUCCCACCUGUGACACAAUUACAAUACACACAGCAUCGUCACCAAGAAAGAUCUACGACACACGGGAUAUCGGUCACAGCUCUGUCACACAGAUUGAUUUUGACGACGACAAGUACCGGCGACGACCGGCAUUGAGUUGGUUUGCUCAAAUUCUCAAGAAUCGCACAGGUGGAAAGCGCACGUCUUUCUCCUGGAAACAGCGGGUCUUCAUGCUUCUUCUGGUUGGAGUUCUGGGAUUCUUUACAUUGAUAAUCAUCAUGGCUAAACUUGGACGUGCCUCCGCUGGUUCAGACCCAAAUUUAGAUCCUCUUCUUAACCCCAACAUCCGUGUGGGAAAAAACUGAUUACAAGCAUCAGUUAAUUCUUUUCCCUCUGUGUUACACAACAAAAGCCUGUGUAGCCCGAGCUGAAAUGGGACUUUCCACUACAUGGUUAGCCCAACAGAGGGAGCCGUUUACCCAACUUGAAUGGAAAAGUUAGAGACACUGCAGCUCUUUAUGAUGGAAACAAUCUCUGGCUCCAUUCAUUUACAUCAGGCUUGCCAGGGCACUUCACAGACCAUUAAAAAAAUCCAAACUCCAAAGGUGACCAAGGCCCGGUGCAUAUACUGUAGACAAAGGAUCCAGUAAUUGUUACUUUGAAAAGCUAAUGAUGAAAAGCGGUAGUAUUUAUAUUUACAAUUCCAGCUAACAUUUAUCAGUGAUCUUUAUAAGUGGAUUUUUUUUAAGUUCAGUAGAAACUAAAUAAACACUGUCGAUGUUGAAAGAACAUCUUUUGCUGGCAGGAAGGUCAGAAUGUAUAUAAUCAACAAUGAAACGUUCAUUAACUUCUACACCUUCAUAAACUGACUCCACUUGCUGGUUUGAUUUGAGCGGCCUUGUGUGUUUCUCCUUUAGAGAAGAUGUGGCCAGAACUGGAAUCAAAUAUACCCCACACUUAAUUAAUACAUAACUAUUUAUGGGUGUCUGCAUUACUUCUGAAAUUGAGUGCAUUGCUUUUAGAUUUGCCAUACAUACUGUAUGUACAUUUUCCUGAUGUUUUUUUUUGACUGUCAAUUAAAUGGGAAUACUACAGAAUUUCAGUAUUAUAAUGUUUUUUUUAAAGUCCAUUAAACAUGACCAUUAUCUGCUUGUGCAAAGGCUAACUCAAGAGUGAGGAAUUUCUGAAAUGUCAGUUGUAUGUAGCUUCAGUGAGAAUGAAUAAUGUUUUAAAACAUUAUACAAAUAUAUAUUGCACAUUUGAGUGCUGUUACUCAAACAAACAAGUUGUUUUUCCACUGCCCAGCUGCUAGCUGUAAGCAGCAUAUUUAUGCUUCCACAGACCAGUGGUAAUAUCAGUCAGCAAGAUCCCACACAAUAGAUGCAGUGUGUCCACUACAUUGUAAAUUGUCACACUCCUUUUCAAAGCAAUAUUUGCACUAAAGUCACAACAUUUAUUAAUAUUUACUUCAGAAAUACCGAGCACUGGAGCACUGGCAGCAAGAAACCACUUACUCUCUUUUACAGUUUAUAACUGCAGCAUGACACUACUUACAGUAUAUGUCUGUCUCUCUAAUAAAAAAAAAGUUUUCUUUCAAA